UUUUUUUGUUUAAAGACGUAUUAUUUGUAAAAUAUAAAACAAUGUAGAACUUACCUCCGAGUCAUGGAAAACAACAUCCAACGAUUCCGGCCCUCGAGAAUGAGCAGCGACAUGGUUAAUAACUACGUUUACUGGUCAAACGCUAUAGCGCAGCCGAUCUUCCCAGGCGCAGCAGCCGAUCUUCCCUGUCACGCCAUAACGGGAAUCCUUCCUCGUCACACUGCUGAACGCGACGCAGCAGCUUCUGGGAGACCCAAGGUUUCAAUGGCAAGGGAAGAUGCACUGGACGAGAUCCCUCUAAGCAAAAGAUUGGAGAAGAUACAGCUCACCCAGAUGCUCUAUUGUUGUUGUAGGAAGUUGAAGUGGNAAUCUCCAUUUGGCGUUAUAUUAGAUGUCGCAGAGUUUCCAUGGAUUAGUGGUUAUUUACUUAUUACUUUGGUCAGAAAUUGUGAUAGGCCAUCUGGAGACGAAAGUAAAAAAGAAGUAUUGACUUUUCGAUUUCAUGGAAAUGAAGUGAACUUGACGAAGGAACAAUUUCAUCUAAUCACUGGUUUAAAGAUGGGUGGUUACAGGGGCGAUAUGGAUAAUAAACAGAGAAGAAGGUUUGCGUCAAGGUUCUUCCCCGGGAGAAAAUCAGUACAGCGUAAAGAUAUUUCCGCAGCUUUUUUAAAUUUUAAGCGGGAUGCACCUGGGGCACUUGCUAGUGAUGCACUCAAGAUGUCAUUGGUCUAUGCCUUGUCACAUUCAUUCUUAGGUAACCAGCCGACAGUGAAAUUCCCGAUGUGCUAUAUAAACUUAGUGGACGAUAUAGAUGAGUUCUAUAGUUUCCCAUGGGGAGAUGAUGUCUGGUCAGACUUGGUUGAUCAUGUUCAUCGGUGCAGACUAAGCAUUGAAAAGGGUGGAACUUCUCGUCCAACAUUUGGGGGAUACAUGUUUGCACUGCAGAUAUGGGCAUUUGAGACUUUCCCGUCACUUGCGAAGGCCGGGAUGUGUAUGCUGGUUCCUGGUAGAGAAGUGUGCAUACCACGUUGUUUGAAGUGGAAGGUUUGUGCUAAAUUUAGUGCUCGAAAAGUGUCUGAUGCACUGUUCAAAUCUGAGAAGUUGUUGUUGACUCCCAUCGUGCCUACCGUGGAUGAGAAGAAACUGGACAGUGUGAAGCUUCUUUUUCCUUGUGAGAAAACACAGUCCGCCAAAGGAAAGAAGAAGUUGUCGCUGCAUGAUGCGAAGCGAGCAUGUCAGGAGAAGAAGACGGACAAGAGAUCAGAGGAUGCAGUGUUGACGAAAGACAGUGGAAAUAUGUCUACCAAGCAGGGUGGAGAUGAUGAAGUAGGUAUGGUCGGUUUGGGCAGUGUGAGUGGUAAUGAUAUGGCUUAUGGGUCCAACGGGGAGAAAGAGGAACGUAUUCAAAAGCAAUGUGGUGAGCACAAAGAAUUGUUGAAAGUAAUGUUGGAGAUUAUGGCUAAGCAAGCAGAACAAGACAAAAAGAUUGAUCAAAUUUUGGUUAUGCUUCAACAAAAAGCUGUAAGCUCCCAAAAUGAAACACAUACCGUGAAGGAUAGCAUGAUGGCAGAGAAGGAGCAGCUGAAACCAGAGAAUGAUGAUGUUAGAAAGAGUUUGGAGAAUGAUGAAGAAAGAAUGAUUAAUCCAGAAGGACCAUCCUUUGAAAUACUUACUCCCAUUGCAAAAGAUGGUGUGGCUAGUGAUGGGAAUAAGGAUAAUGGUAGUGGCAGUGUGUUGGUAGUUGAAGAAAGUCGUACUGAAGACUUUUUCAAGCCAUCAGAGAUUUCCUUGGGUGAUACACAAUUCAGUCCUCAUGAUUUGGAAGUUAUAGACAAGGUGACUGACAUGUGGGCGAAGUCUUCUGAGAGACGCGAAACUGUUUGUCCAGUUGAUUGUUCGAAGAAGAUAGACUUGCGGAAUGUAGGGGGCGAUGGUGGCAAGGCGGCUCUUGACGAUGAUUUUGACAAAAUUUUUUGGAAGAGCAAAAUGGGCAAAAACGUUGGAGAAGAGACGAAGGUUGUCGCGGCGCCUACGAAUUCUGACAGUGCUUGUGUGGAGAUUAAGAGGCCGAAAAGGGUGCAUAAGAGUCCAGAAAGAUAUACUCCAAGCGAGGUUGUCAUUAAAGAGAAAAGGCGUAAAAUUGAAAGAAUGGUACGAUUUAGCGAGCGCGUGAAGAGUGAACGGAAUGGGCAACGAUAUAGGCCAUUUACUAAGGAUCCUAAGCAAAUGCCAUCCGAAGAAGAUGUUGAAAAGGUUAGAGUUUUCUUGAAUGAAGGACUUUUGAAGAGAAGAGGUAUAGCUACCGGAACUUGUAGGUAUGUAGCUGAAGUGGAUGACUUGUCCAAAGAUCCCAUUGUCCUGGAUGGAUUCAAGGUGGAAAAUAAGACAUGGUUUUAUGAGCUAUUUACCAAUACAGAGUGGUUGCGCAGCACGCAUAUAGAGAUUGCGAUGUACUAUCUUGAAUUGAAGAGCAUUCAAUACAGCUUGAUGCAGACAUACACAGCAGCGUCACCAUAUUUUUUGCAAGGACUCAAGACGCACCAGGAGAUGGUAGACGUCGGCAAGGUGAAAGCGGAGGCUGUGAUUGAUAAUUCUAGUCUAUCAAGUGUGGUAUUAGGAUUAGCGCACCAAUAUGCGAAGCCUUGGUGUGAUUGUGAUUUUGUAUAUAUGCCAUUGAACACUGGGAACCACUGGAUGUUACUUGUGCUCGAAGUUGAAGGAAGGAAGAUAAGGGUCUAUAAUUCUAAAGGAAAGAAAGGGCAGACAAGUAGGGAAAUCAUUCCAUACGUGACGUGUAUAUCAUCAUUGUUACCCAAGCUUCUUGACAUGUUGAAUGUGUAUGAAAAUCACUCGGAUGGGCCAAUGGGAGAUCAAAAGCUCUCAAUUGAUAUAAUUGAUGGGUGUCCACAACAAAGUGACGGGUCUAAUUGUGGUAUGUUUGUAGUGAAAUUCGCAGAGUUUUUAAUGAUGGAUUUAAGGAUAGAUGAAGUGCAGUCAUGUGACAUGGAAGCUUACCGGGUUAAAAUGACAACAGAACUUUUAGCUUAUAGCUAUGAGAGGAAGGAAGAAUCCAGAAAGCAAUAGACUUUUUUUGAUACCUUCGAUAUUUUAUUGUUCGUAUGACAGCUGUUUGGAGUUUGUUUUAGUUUUUUUGUGGUAUAAAUGAUAUUUUGUUUUGUUUUAGUAAUAAUUUUUGGGCAUUUAAUUAAUUAGUGAUUUGAAAGUGGAUUAGUGGAUAUUUUGUUAUUAAGUCACACUGCCAUGACCAUUCCACACUUCCAAAAUUGUUUAGGCAGUCACUGCAUACUUUGUUUGAUUAAGUGGAAUAUACACUGCAAUGUUUG